GUAACUUCUCAUCUCGUUCUCAGACGCCUUGCUUGUAGUGCAUAGCGCAUACGUCGACUUACGUUCGGUACUGUUCGGUGCAUACCUCAUGGAAUGUUCGGUGGACUCAGUCCAGUGCAGUGCCCUUCAAUUACACUGCACAAUUCAAUGACACUGAACGCUGCGUUGGAAAGGUCAACAUCGGUGCAGUCAUUACUCGAAGUCAAUGGUUACUUUCAGUCGACAGCGUCGUCAAGAUGAGCAUUCGGAUUUAGAAAGAUGCCGUGGUCGAGUUCUACUCGAAGCCGCCAGCUUCGCCCAUAAAAACUUCUCCUACCCUGUCUGGCCAUCGUUCAAGGCACGGCAGAAAUAUCCAGCACUGCUCAAAAGGAUGAUGAUCUUCCACGAAAUCCACGUUCGUUUAUGACCUUGCAAAGCUGCUGCUGCUGUUGUUGUUCCGUUGCAAGCAAUCGGCCAGUCGGCCAGUCGGCAGCGCUUGCCGGGCGUGCGAGCCAAGUCUAACAUUCGUGCUUUCGGAUCUUGGGGCAAAAUUUAAACCUGAGAGAUGAGUUCGUUAGUGGAUUUUCCCUCCUCGCAGUAGCAUUCCUCGUGGCCAAGAAUGUGAGGACAAAGACUCUCAUGUGCUGUCAUUGCGUGGGUCCCAAAUCCUGUGUAGAUUUUGUCAGCGGCAGAAGGGGAGGAAGGGAAGGGAAAGGAGGGGAGGGGAGGAGAGGAGGAGGAGGAGGAGCCAUGGCGAUGAGGGAGGGUAUAUUAUGUCGGUAUGAGUCAGUUGUCUGAGAUCAGGAGGAAUUCCAAGAACUGCCGAACACAAUUUGAAAGCUGAAAUCUUGAAAUUUUGAAUAUUCUGGAGUCGAUCGAGAGUGGAAAUUGAAAAAAAAUUAGAAGACGGACGAGCCAUGGCGCGAGCAUGGGCGAUCGUGUGGUCGCUUAUAGGAAUUGUGUUGAUGGGCAGAGUAGGAGCUCAAGAGAAUGGCACAGCAACGACGGUCAAGGGAGGGUACUGGCAGGAAGGGAGUACGAGAGUGCCAGCAUCGGCGAUCAACGCAUCGUUGUUCACUCACAUAUUUUACGCCUUUGCGUUCAUUGAAAGUAACACCAGUCUGCUGAAGCCGAGCGCCAAUGAUGUCGACAUCGAGACAUUCAGCCAGACCGUGAAAAAGAUCAACCCCGAAGUGAAGACUCUCAUCUCCAUCAGUGCCAGCGGUCCUGAGUUUCAGGAAGUCAUGCAGACGGAGCAAUCUCGGCAAGCGUUCAUCAAUUCCAGCAUUUCUCUUGCCAGAUCGAAUGGCUUCGACGGACUGGACCUGGACUACGAGUUCGCCCAAUCUCAAGCCGAAAUGGACAACUUCUCUUCUUUCAUUGCAGAAUGGCGUGUGGCAGUAAAUUCGGAAUCGACGACGGCGCCACUCCUUCUCACUGCAGCUGUAUACUACAAACCAGUGCUGGCCAAUGUGGGCGUGGGAACGUACCCUGUCAAAUCCAUCUCUGAGAACCUCGACUUUGUAAACAUAAUGUGCUAUGACUUUCAUGGCAGUUGGGAUGUCACACAGACCGGUGCUAAUGCCAACCUCUACGACCCCGACAGCAAUCUCAGUGCAGAUUUUGGGAUCACUUCUUGGCUCGAGGCCGGUUUGCCUUCUGAGAAAGCCGUGUUGGGUCUGACCUUGUACGGGAGAUCGUGGGUAUUGAAGGACCAGAACGAGGCCACUGGCCUGAAUGCCCCGGCCGUGGCUGCAGGGCCUGCCCAACCCAUAAGCCAGGAGAAAGGAGUUUUUUUCUACGCAGAGGUGGCCACGUUCAUCAAGGAGAAAUCUGCCUCUGUCGUGACCGAUGGAACCUUGGUCACAAGCUACUGCCAUGCCGACAACUUGUGGGUGUCAUACGAGAAUCAGGUUGUCAUCACCCGCAAGGUCUUCUAUGCUCAAAGCAAGAAUUUGAGGGGAUACUUUUUCUGGGCUAUCACUCAAGACGACGACCUCUGGUCGAUCAGUUAUGCAGCAUCAGUAGCGAUGGACACCGGUCCUCUCGCUCCUUCGCCACCAGGAAUGCCAUCAUCGGCGCCCACUUCAGUCCUUCAUGGUGGUUUCAUGACACUACUAGUAGUUUUCCUCUGCGUUCUUGUCGGCAGUAUUCAAUUGUACAACUUGUAAAUUCCUCUGAACGAAGUGCCGUGUAGUUUCUCGCUCUUUUAUCAAUCGGCAGUUAGAAGUAUUGGGUGUUGGGCUGUUGAUAUUAGAAGAUCAUUCAUUUGACUGCAUCCAGAAUCUGUGAAACGCUUCUUAUGAAACGAGGCUAUCAUACCUGAACAUUUCGCAGCAUACAUGUACAGUGUGUCCACAGGAGUUACACAAAAGCAUAUUACUUUGAACUCUGCAGGUCAGAUUAGAAGGGAACACCGUCAAGAGCUAGUUGCCAUCCAUCUAGGAGUUUCGAGUUGGAAUAUCCAUGUACUAUAAAUUGUGCUCGAUUGAGUCACUGUCUCAUUGCGAAUAUAUAGUUACGAAGUUGCAACAACUUUUUGUCUUGCCCCGUAGCAAACUGAACUCGAAAUCUAGAACAGGUUGUUUAUAGUUUGGAAUCUCCAAAAGGCUGAAGGCCCUUUCCACUCAUUUGUAUGCAAAAUGCAUAAAAUGGUGCUCGCCCGGCGUCUUUGG